UUCAGCACCUUCGAUCUUCCAGACCACCGGCUUUUUUUUCACUUUGAGUCCAAUCAUACCAGAAAAACACACCUACCUACAUACGACAUACGACAUCCAGGCACACGCAUACAUACAACGUUCGUUCGUAACUCGCCCUACUACUCACCACCACCGUCACCUCCACCACCACCACAUCCACCGUCACCUCCAACACCACCACUGCACCCGAAUUCCUCCGUCCCUCCCCCCGUUCCUCCCUCCCCGCCCAAGGUCCGUCACGAGAAUAUCCUCAAAAGCGACGACAAGAAGACCGACACAAAAAUGACAAAGAACUGGGAGAGAGAAAAGGAGCGUCUCCAUGACCUCUAUAUGCUCCGUCGCAUGAAGCUGGCGACGGUCUCUCGGAUAAUGGCACAGGACUACGGAUUCCAGGCUUCGGAACGUGCCUACAAACAAAAGUUCAAAGAGUGGAAGUGGUUCAAAAAGACACCACGCCAAUCCCCCAUCGUCGUGCCAACGGAACAUGACAUGCCCCCGAUGCCGCCGAUGCCACCGAUGGACCCAGACGGCAACGCGGACGACAACUCUCCGCGCGCCAACUCGCUAUACCGGCUUAUGAGCACGCACUCGGUGGUGCACCGCGGGUCCACGCGCGGCAUGGCCGCCCCGCUCGAACACCACUACGCGGCGGAGCAGUACGCGCACAUCCCCGUGCUCAAGUACGAGCACGACACAUACCCCCCCGUGACGGCCGCGGACAUGGGCCACUAUGCGCCGAACAAUACUGGUCACCCCCAGCAACAACAACAGCAACACAUGGGUCCGAUGCAUAACCAGCAGCAACACCAUCACAACCACAACCACCACCACCAUCACCAGCAGUCUCCGCCGGGAAUGACGCUCGGCCCCUACCAUGGCCGCGGCCCUCAACAGGUCCCGCUCCCGUCUGUCACCCACCUCCAGCAAGCGGCGCUCAAGGAGAACCUAAGGGAGGCGGAGAGGAGGGUCGAGAUCGGACAGUACGAGCAGGCCGAGGCCGCGUGCGAGAACGCCAUGAGGACGCUGAAUUGGCUCAAGGAGAAUCGGGCUAAUGGUUCGGCUGACGGGAUGUGACUGAUGUGAGGUCACUUUUUUUAUUUUUCUUUUCUCUUUUCAUUAUUUUUUCAUUUUCAUUUUUUUUGUUUCCCCGGUUCUCGGCGUGGGAAUGGAUCGAUUGAUGGAUUGAUGGAUUCGGAUGGAUUGAUGGAUUCGGAUGGAUUG